UGCAUUGUGCAGCUGUCAUUUUACGUUUGACAUUUCGAAAUGGCGGUCAAUGUUUCGUCACAAUAAACAAUAAUUUUGGAAGUUUUCUUAAAAUAAAAUUGGUUAAAAUGCAUAUAAAACAGGUAAUUAUACAAGGAUUUAAGAGUUACAGAGAGCAGAUAGUCGUGGAACCAUUUGAUAAAAGGCAUAAUGUUGUGGUCGGACGCAACGGGUCCGGUAAAAGUAACUUUUUCCACGCUAUACAAUUCGUGCUAAGUGAUGAGUUCUCACACUUGAGGCCAGAACAGCGCCUGGCCUUGCUUCAUGAAGGGACGGGCCCUAGGGUCAUAUCUGCAUUCGUGGAGAUUAUUUUUGACAAUUCUGACAAUAGGAUUCCUAUUGAAAAAGAUGAGAUAUUCUUGCGACGUGUCAUUGGAUCCAAGAAGGACCAGUUCUUCCUCAAUAAGAAAGUGGUGCCUCGGUCUGAAGUGCUGAAUUUGCUUGAGAGUGCUGGAUUGUCAAAUUCCAAUCCAUAUUACAUUGUCAAACAAGGAAAGAUCAAUCAAAUGGCGGUAGCGCCAGACUCGCAGAGAUUGAAGCUGCUCAGAGAGGUAGCUGGCACGCGCGUCUACGAUGAGAGAAGGGAGGAGUCAGUUACCAUACUGAAAGAAACUGUCGGAAAGGUUGAAAAAAUCAACGAGUUCCUGCAAACAAUAGAAGAGCGUCUGAAGACCUUGGAAGAAGAAAAGGAGGAACUGAAGGAAUACCAGAAAUGGGACCGCGCGCGACGCGUCCUGGAGUUCAUCAUACACGACACCGAACACAAGGAGAACAAACGGAAACUAGAGGAGUUGGAAAAACUUCGCUCGAACAGUGGUAAAGAGCAACAACAUUAUGCUGACUUGGUGAGAGAGGCCCAGGACCAUGUCAGAGAAGCAAACAGGAAGUUAAAAGAAGCACGUAAGGACGUGGCGGCGGCUCGAGAAGAAAAGGACAUUCUGUCGACGGAACAACAGCAGUUGCUUCGCGAGAAGACCAAAUUGGAACUCGCCAUCAAAGACUUAACAGAUGAUGUCGACGGCGACAAUAAAUCUAAGGAAAGAGCAGAAGCCGAGCUGGAGCGGCUUCGUCAACAAAUAUCGGAAAAGGAGCGAGAGUUGGAAGAACUGAAGCCCAAAUAUGAGGAGAUGAAAGCUCGCGAGGAGGAGUGCACGCGAGCUUUGGCGUUGAACCAGCAGAAACGGCAGGAGUUGUACGCGAAGCAGGGCAGAGGCACCCAGUUUACAAGCAAACAGGACAGAGACCGCUGGAUUGAGAAGGAGUUGAAGUCCCUAAACAAACAAAUAAAAGACAAAAAGGACCAUGAGAACAAACUGCGCGAGGAUCUCCGACGCGACGCGACCAAACUCACCGAGUUGGAGAAGAGAAUAGAGGAGACUACGAAAGAGAUGGAGAGGCAGAGAGUCGCCAUCGACGAGCAUAACAAACAGUAUUACGAGUGUAAGAAAAGGAAGGAUCAGGAGCAGAGUGCUAGAAAUGAACUAUGGCGUAAAGAAACAACGUUGACACAAAAUCUGUCAUCACUGAAGGAAGACUUGGCGAAAGCGGACCAAGCACUACGCUCAAUGGCGGGAAAGCCCAUACUGAACGGGCGCGACAGUGUGCGCAAAGUACUAGAGACAUUCCAAGAACGGGGUGGCGAGUGGGCCAAGAUCGCCACGCAGUACUACGGACCAGUUAUAGAGAACUUUACGUGUGACAAGACCAUAUACACCGCUGUUGAGGUGACGGCAGGUAACAGGCUCUUCCAUCACAUAGUGGAGUCAGACACGGUCGGCACCAAGAUCCUGAAGGAGAUGAACAGGCAGAGCCUGCCCGGAGAGGUGACGUUCAUGCCGCUCAACAGGCUGCAAGUGCGCGACAUGGUCUAUCCCAAUGAUAAUAACGCAAUAGCUAUGGUGCAGAAAUUAAAAUACGAUCCGAAAUAUGCCAAAGCUAUGAAGUACAUAUUCGGGAAGACGCUCAUCUGCAGGAACCUGGAGUGUGCCACCGAACUCGGGAAACAGUUCCACCUCGACUGUGUCACUCUUGAAGGAGAUCAGGUGUCAUCAAAAGGCUCGCUAACAGGAGGUUACUUCAACCAAUCUCGCUCUCGUCUCGAGAUGCAAAAGACCCGCUCCGAGCUGAUGGAACAAAUCACAACACUGGACCAAGAGCUGAACACGCUGAGACAAGAGUUGAACAAAACUGAGACCAGUAUCAACACCAUAGUGUCUGAAAUGCAACGGACUGAGACCAAACAGGGGAAGGCUAAGGACAUAUUCGACAAGGUGAAGGCGGAUAUCCGGCUGAUGAAAGAGGAGUUGGGUUCGAUAGAACGGUUCCGCGGGCCCAAGGAGAGGUCCCUGGCGCAGUGCCGCUCCAGUCUGGAAGCCAUGCAGGCCACCAAGGAGGGACUCGAGUCUGAACUGCAUCAGGAACUUAUGGAGCAGCUGUCGACGGCGGACCAAGGUAAAGUGGACGAGUUGAAUGACGCAAUCCGCCGCCUCACGCAGGAGAACAAGGAAGCCUUCAGCGCCAGGAUGAACCUCGAGGCCACCAAGAACAAACUCGAAAACUUAUUAACUAAUAACUUGAUAAGACGUAAAGAUGAGCUAGUACAGGCACUACAAGAGAUCUCAGUGGAGGACAGGAAGAGACGCCUCGCCAACAGCAAGGCGGACCUCUCCGCCACGGAGAAGAGAAUCAAACAGAUCAACAAAGAGUUAGAGGAAGUCGAGAGGAAGGUGCAGGCCGCUGUGAAAAACGAGAAGGCUUUGAAACUGGAGCUCGAUAAGUGGAGGAAUAAGGAAAAAGAAGCGCAAGACAAGAUGGAGGAAGAUGCCAAGGGUCUAGAAAAGAUGGCGUCGAAGGAAGUACUUCUGCAGGAGAAGAUCCAGGAGUCGCUGGACAAGAUAGCAGCCCUCGGGACUCUCCCGAACGCGCCGGAGCUACACGCCAAGUACCAGAAGAUGUCAUUGAAGCAGUUAUUUAAAGAGCUAGAAAAAGCUAAUCAACAUCUCAAGAAAUACAAUCAUGUUAACAAGAAAGCUUUGGACCAGUUCAUCAGUUUCUCAGAACAAAAAGAGAAAUUAUACAAACGGAAAGAAGAACUAGACAUUGGUGGCGAAAAGAUCCGCGAGUUGAUUGAAACGUUAGAACACAGAAAACUCGAGGCUAUCCAGUUUACCUUUAAACAAGUAAGCAAGAAUUUCACGGAGGUGUUCAAGAAACUGGUGCCGCACGGACGAGGCAGCCUUAUCAUGAGGGUCGGCCCUGAUGAUGGAUCCGAGAUUAAUCCUGAGCGCGCGAACGCGGACCAGUUCACGGGCGUGGGCAUCAAGGUGUCGUUCACGGGCGGCGAGGGGGACAUGCGCGAGAUGAACCAGCUGUCGGGCGGACAGAAGUCGCUGGUGGCGCUGGCGCUCAUCUUCGCCAUACAGAAGUGCGACCCCGCCCCGUUCUACCUCUUCGACGAGAUCGACCAGGCUCUCGACGCCCAACACAGAAAGGCCAUCGCCAACAUGAUACACGAGCUAUCCACGUCCGCCCAGUUCAUCACAACCACCUUCAGGCCGGAGCUGCUGGAGCAUGCGCACAAGUUCUACGGCGUGAAGUUCCGCAACAAAGUGUCGCACGUGGAGUGCGUGUCGCAGGAGGAGGCGAGGGACUUCGUCGAGGACAGCGCCACGCAUGCGUAAUGCACUGCGGUAUAUGUAACGCUACGGCCGAACUGAAUCAACUCAUUGCUAUCAUCCCAUCAAACCCAAAAAUUAACAAAGGCGUCCUAUUGGAAUGACAAAUGAAAUACAACACGAACGUGUUGUUUGAUUGUGAUUGGUCGAGAGGCCGACGCGCGAUUCACGUGAUGGCCUCUCGACCAAUUACAAUGAAAUGAUAUGGAAUCUCGUGUCGUGUUCGUUAUACAUUCUACGAGGGCAGAAUAGUUUGUUUUUUGUGUUUACAGAUUUUGAUUUAUUUGUUUUGUUGUUGGUAUGGAUUCGGUGAGUGAUUUGACUCGUUCAUUGAUUUCAAAAGUAAAAACUUGCUGAUCACAUUAGAGAAAAUAUCGACCAGUGUUGAACGCUGGAUGUUAUAUUUCAUGGAAAAAAAUAUCAGUUGACUUAUAGACAUAAUAGGUCACGUGACUACAUAAGCGCUACUGAUCCCAUCUAAUUAUUAUUUCUGAAUAAAAUUAAAAUUAUUUUUUUCGUACCCGUGAUGAUUUCUUAGAAUUCCUUUUUGUAUUCAAGAUAUGCGAUAAUUUAAUAGUUUAAAGAAAGAACGUUAAACAACAAAAACUUUUCGCAUCAUAUAAAAAACGAGGCCUUGUUCAAAAUACAAUCGGCACUUAGUCAAUUGUAAAAGAAAUUUUUAGUAGUAAAUUAGAUAUUGUAUCUAAAAUUAAGCUACUUUAACAAAUAGUUAUAUCCUCUUGUAAGUUCUGUAAGGUGGAACACCAAAAGAUUGACCUUAGGUGGUGCUUACACUAGCGAAUUUCCCGUGAAAAUUUCGUUCUCGUUUUGUCGAAUUUAUUCAAACAUUUUCAAUGUCAUUAAAGUUUUGAAUUCUUAUUUAUAGUUAUUCUUAUUUAGGGAUGUAACUUUUAUGUUAUUUUUUUUUUUUUAUUAAAGCCACUUGAAUAAUUCUUGAACUUGAAUAAUUCGAUUACAAAUGUCUUACUUCAGGAUCUACGGGCUGUGCCAAUAAUAAUACCUUGUGGUUGCUAUGAUUCUACAUACUCUACAUUCUAAAAAAUUACAUGGAUCGUUGAGGUAUUACUAAUAUUUUAAAAGCGCAACUUUGUCAAUAUUUUGUUGGAUGUUAAUGUAAACGUAGAAAUAGCUGAACAGAUUUUGACAAAAUUCAGCCAAAUCCAAAAUCCCUCGAUUAACUAAUGAGCUACUGUUUAUCCUGGAACUUAGCUCUCUUGGAAAAUAAUGAAUUUUAUAAUGAUUUUUUAAUAGAUGACUUUAAGGGGCCGACGUCGUAUAGGUAGCGCUAUAAGUCACUACAGUUUUUUAGGGACUUUUGUAAUAGGAAAGGCUUUUCAGGCGAGAAACUCGCUAGUGUAGUUGUGCCCUUAAGUUAACUAGUACAACUGAUUUGGACAUUUUAGAAAUUUUAUAUUUGUUUUUAAUGGACUUAGAUUUGUUAAGCUAGAUUUAUAUUUUAGAUAACCUUAAGUAAUUUGUAAGUUGCAAAAUAAAAGGAAACAUUGUGCAAAUUUUUCAAAAUUUUAUAAAUGAAAUUUAAGGUUUUGAGAGUAUUACGAAACACAAUGUUUUCUUGUAUUUAUCGUGUUGGAUGAUUAAUGAUUGUUUAUUUAGGGAAGCUACUGUUGGUUAUAAUGUGGAAUGGUGCAGAUUCUAUGAUGUAUGACAAUUAUUAGUAUAAAAAUUCGUUUUUAAUAAAACGUUUUCUUUA